AUGUUUCGAUUAGCGAAUAUAGGGGUUUUUCUCUUUGCUGCCCAUUUGGGACACGUGCAGACACAAUCUGUCGUGCCCUCAUCGACCUCGGCUUCUCCUGCAGCAACACAUUCGGUUAACGUUGGAGCUGCUGGUCUUGUCUUUACUCCGAAUUCCAUAACGGCAAACGUUGGAGACACUGUCGAAUUUCGCUUCUACCCUCAGAACCACUCUGUGGCAAGAGCUGAAUACAAGUAUCCCUGCAUACCGUACGAGGUUGUCGAUGUAGGGAAGCAGGGGUUUUGGAGCGGAUUCAAACCCGUCAAUGUUGUCUUAUCAGAUCCUCCCAAGUUCAGUGUAUUGAUCAAUGAUACCGAGCCGAUCUUCUUCUACUGCUCUGCCCCAGGUGCUUGCGAGGAGGAUAUUAUGGUUGGCGUUAUCAAUCCAAACUCAUCCCAGACCCUAGAGGUCCAACAAGCCUUCGCACACAACUCGACUGUUGCUUUCAGUCCAGGCGAGAACUUCCCAGCAGAAGUAGCAUCUACUAAGUCUGCUGCUCCAUCGUCAAGCUCUACGACGUCUUCUCCUACGACUGCGACCGUAACAACUACACCUACAACAUCUGCUACUGCUGCUGCCUCCUCUGGCUCACAUUCACCUCUCUCAACUGGGGCAAUUGCGGGUAUAGCAAUCGGUGGAGCCGCGGUAUUGAUACUCGGAGGAGCACUAAUAUAUCUCUGCGGACGCCAACGUACAAUGGGAGAACUGCUUCGACACAAUCAACAGCCGCCACCUCCCUCCUAUGUCCCCAAUGCCGGUCAUAUGUCUAUGGCAUCUUCAGCAGCAUACACCAAGUCUCCACACGCAGAAGUUGAUUCCUACCGAUUUCCUAGCCAAGCCGGGUACUACAACGGUGAAGAUGAGAGCUAUCGCUCGCGAAGUCCACCUGCUGAAGAUGCUAUGGAGUACACGAAUCUAGGUGGAACCGCGAGUCCAAAUCGUGCGAGCAGUCCUAUGAUAAGGCACCCGGUCCCGCAGAGUCCCGGCCGAUCAGAAUUGACACCAGUGACGUUGACUGAUAGGCCAGUGUCAGAAAAUGCGGGGACUGGAGAUGGAGUUCGGAGAAGUCAGUCACAGGUCGGUCCUCAUGAAUUGGGCGCAGAAAGUAAUCAAAAGUACAUACCAUACUCAAGCCCUCGGGAUUGA